GAUUCACACACGCAUAGACACAUACAUACAUACACACAAAAUACGCAGCAAAGCAUUCUACUCUAUUUAUUUUGUUUUCCUUUCAACAUUCUCAAUUAUCAAUCUCAAUUAUCAUUAUCAAUUUUGUCUUUAUAUUUUUACUUUUUGUUCCAACCAUUUCUGAUUCAUGUCAUCACCGAGGAAAUCAACUACCCAUUCAGCAUUAGCAACUGCAUUGCACCAAGAAAAGCAUGUGGGUGACUACAUUAUCAUGAAUCGUCUCGGGCAAGGUUCAUUUGCCACUGUAUAUAGAGCGCAACAUAAAGAUACCCAACAAACCGUAGCUAUCAAGUGUGUCAAAAGAUCAAAAUUAACAAAGAAGCUAUUAGAGAACCUUGAAUCAGAAAUAUCGAUUCUUACAUCGAUACGACAUGAAAAUAUUGUUGGCCUGAUUGAAUGUCAGAAAACUGAAUCCAAUAUUUAUUUGGUCAUGGAAUAUUGCUCAUUAGGUGACUUGUCUCAUUAUAUCAAAGAAGUGAGAUCGGAUAAAAUGUCCAAAGGGCCUGCGGGUGGUUUGCCCGAAAGGAUCAUUCGUCAUUUCUUGAAGCAAUUAGCCAAUGCCUUGAAAUUUCUAAGGUCGCAAAAUUUAAUCCAUAGAGAUAUAAAACCACAGAAUCUGUUAUUGUCACCCUCCAGUGUGAAAGGAGCAUCCGAUUUACCGAUAUUGAAAGUGGCAGAUUUUGGAUUUGCACGAUUUUUACCCAACGCGAGUUUAGCAGAUACCCUUUGUGGAUCCCCGUUGUACAUGGGGCCAGAAAUCUUGUCUUAUAAAAAAUAUAAUGCCAAGGCAGAUCUAUGGAGUGUAGGCGCUGUACUGUAUGAAAUGGUUACAGGGCGUCCUCCCUUUCGAGCACAGAAUCAUAUCGAGUUAUUGAAAAAGAUUCAAGAAAAUAAUGAUCAGAUCCAUUUUCCGGAUGAAAAGCAGCCGCAGCAACAACAACAACAACAAGAGGAUAGGAUCAGUAGAAGAAGAAAAAGCAGUAGCGGUAGUAAUAGUAGCAGCAGCAGCAGUAGUAGUAGUAGUACGAGCCAUGGCAACGACUCCAACCACACCCAUGAUCAUGCGAAUGAUCCUAGGAUGAUUGGAAGUGAUCUGAAGGAUCUCAUAUGUAAAUUAUUGAAAAAGAAUCCAGUGGAAAGAAUAUCGUUUGAAGACUUUUUUCAACAUCCUGCGGUGGUGGAAAUGGUUCGUCCAUUACAGCCAUCGUGUUCAAGAACGCAAUCCUUGCCUCAACCCUUGCCGCAGCAGACACAGCAGCAGCAGCAGCAGGCACCCCCUCCUGCGGUGGAUCGUCGAAGAAGUAUAGCUGUAACGAACAACACAGCAAGAGGUCAUUUACAACACACACCCCCUUCACCUUCUACUUUACAACAACCAUACCGUCCUAGCAGUUAUGAACCGCCUCCUUUUGCUCAGUUGGCUCCCAAGAGUUUACCUACAGAGCAAGCUCAUCCGCAACGACAACAACAGGAAAUAUACCCUCGGUCUCGUCGUUGGUCUUCCAACUUGGAACGGAGAUCCACUACUCCUAUGGUUCCUAUAGCCACAAGUCAUCGUACAACAACAGCCACGACCGCAGACACUACCCAUUUUCACUCACAACAUCCUUCACAGCCGCACCAGCCACAGCCACAACAACAACAACAGCAGCAGCAGCAGCAGCAACUAUGGAAAGGAUCGUCGUUGUCGCCGUCUGAACCUUCUGGUUUGACAAAGAAUUCAGGUACCAACCUUAAUCGUCGUAGUAGCAGUACGACUCGUCAGGGUGGUGACCAUGAGACUGGUGUGCAUCGACCACAGCCCCGUUCACAGCAGCAGCCACCCACAUGGAUAAGAAACAGUGGUAAAGAAGUAGAAGACAUACUGCAAGAAUACGUUGUUUUAGAUUUAAAAUCAAUAGAAACAAAUCAAUUUGCCGAUGAAUUGAAGGCUUCACCCAAACAGAAUGAAAAAAGACUGUCGCGAUCACCCACGCAUCCCUAUCACAGCAAUGCAACGACCUCCACGACGAAUACCCAUCCUAUCUAUCCGAAAUCGAAUGCUGUGAAUAUACCGAGUAGCAAUAACAAUAAAUCAACCCAUGCUCAACAGCAGCCUAGUUUAUCACCUUCUUCCCCUUUGAUUCGAGAACGUAAACCAAGUACAGGCUCCUCCUCGGCAGGAUCCGCUUUGGCCAAAGCCAUUAGUAAAGCCUCUACAAGAUUAUUCGGGACAAGUAUACCUUCCUCCUCCUCUUUGACGUCUUCUCCGCCCAAAGACGCAUGGCAACAACAACAACAACAACAACAACAACAACAACAACAUCAACAACACCCUCACAGGUUCAUGUCACAAGAACGAUCGAAAGGGGAUCCUUCUCCUCUCAUGAAUCAUGUGACAUCCUCACCUACGCCAAGUCUAUCCUCCACGUCACCCUCACAACAACAACAGCAGCAAUCGCAACAACAACAGCAUUCACAUCCAUCCCGGCGACAUCACUAUGAUCCUCAGGAAAGACGUCAUUCAUAUCAUUCCCCGCACCGAUCCAACAGUCCAUAUUAUCGUUCCAUGAGACGUAUUGAAAAACUAGCAUGUAUGGCGCAUGCUGUUGCGAAAUACGCCGAUCAAAAAUAUGAGACGUUUAUGAGCAAGAAAAAUGGGAGUCAUAGCCAUCAUAGUCAUACGAGCGAUCUAGCUACAGCAGCCAACACGACCACCCUGUUGGCCACCACAGUGCUAUCAGAAGAAGCCAUCGCACUUUAUGUAAAAGCAUUAGCUUUACUUGAAAAAGGAUUAGCCAUUGCUCAACAAUUUUGGCAUCAUCUUUCAAAUGCAAAGCCUGCUGCCCCUCAUCGAGGUGGACAGAAUACAUUGGAGGAAGAGGAAGAGCAAGAGGAAGAGGACGAGGACGAGGAGGCUGAAGAAGAAAAACGUCAAAUGAUUGGACAGUUAAACGAUGCCGUUCAAUGGAUGCGAGAUAGAUUUAAUACUUGUUUAGAUAGAGCAGAAUCAGUUAAAAUGGACGAUAUAGACACCGUAACUGGAAUCACAGCGGAACAAUGUAUAGUAGAGAAACUACUCUAUGAUCGAGCCUUGGAAAUGAGUCGAGCGGCAGCUGUUCAUGAGUUGGUAGGAGAGAAUAUCAAUGAAUGUGAACAUGAUUAUCAAACAGCCAUAUGGAUGUUGGAAGCUAUUUUACUCGUGCAGCCUAAAUCACAGGAGAUGGAAGACGUCGAAGCUGGAGAUACAACGACCAUUGAAGAGGAAGAUAGACAAAUCAUAAAAAAACUCAUUGAUUCCAUUCGCCAUCGAAUCACCGUACUCAGGAAAAAGAUGGCGCAGGAUGGUUUCAAAUAAUGCCUGUCUACUGGUGAGCCACUGCAAAAACAAACAAAGAAAAAACCCAUUCGAAAAACGCGUCUUUUUCUUUUUCUUUUUUUUUUUCUGCUGAAAUAUCAUUCUCAAUUUAAUCAUGCAUUUUGUACCUGU